CAGUGAUCACAUCUCGAUCAUGAACGUUAGCAAAUGAGCGAGACAUAGAUCUCCCAGCACCGCCGAUCAGGUGCUCUCGUCUGAGAAAUCUUGAAUUUCCGAUCCGAUCUUGACGCGAUGGGAGUGCCAGGUCUGUGGGACCUCUUGCGGCCCGCCGCAACGAGAGCUUCAUUGUCGACCUUGUCCCGAGAUGCUUUCCUGGCGAAUAAGAAUGGAUUGAGGGCAUUGACUAUCGGUAUCGAUGCAUCCAUAUGGAUCUUCCACGCCCAAGUACCGAUGUACGGGGAGAACCCUUUCUUGAGGACUAUAUUCUACAAGAUUACAUCAUUGUUACAGCAGCCUGUCUUGCCUGUCUUUGUCUUUGACGGACCCAACAAACCUACACAUAAGCGAAAUCAACGGGUUGCUGGUCAAUUUGGAACGGCCGAUCACAAUAGUCGAAAGUUCAAGGAGCUGCUAGAUAUCUGUGGACUCGAGUGGUGGAAUGCACCUGGAGAAGCAGAGGCAGAGCUUGCCGUCAUGAACCGGCAAGGCAAGAUCGAUGCCGUACUUUCGGACGACGUCGAUGCGCUCCUCUUCGGCGCGACGUGUCUAUUGAGAAAUAACUCGCCGACUCUGUCUGGAUCUCAUGCUUCUACUCAAAAUACCUCGUCCAGAGCCGAUAGCAGACAAUAUGAAAUGUACCGUUUAGAAGCCAUCAGAGACGAGUGGGCUGCUCGCGAAGGUACAAUGCUGCGGACAGAAGAGGAUUGCCGCUUAGCCAUGAUCCUGGUUGCGCUGUUGGCAGGAGGAGAUUAUGCUCCCGAGGGCGUGUCCAGUAUUGGCCCGACUAUUGCUCACGGCCUUGCGCAUGCUGGUCUCGCCGACUUCCUUCGACAGUACGAUCCCGCUUCACCAGCUUUCCAAUCAGUCCUUGCUACUGUCCGCCAACAAAUUCUUCACGAAUUGAGCACCGAUGAGUCGAAAUUCCUCGGCCGUCGUUACAAAGCGUGUGCUACCAAAUUGAGCGAAAUGGCUCCAAAUGAGAUCUUCUCCCCAUCAGCUCUCAAUAGCUAUCUGCGGCCAGUCACUUCGCCUCUUGCAGAUGUCGCCAAUGGCUGGCCUGGUUUUGGUAAUGGCGAGCCGAGUCGGAGUCGAGGUAAAGCGAGAAAUCAGGGACGGGGUGACCUCGAAGGAAUGGCUAGAGCCUGCGAAAAAUACUUUGAAUGGGGUACCAAAGAGCUUGUGGGCAAAAAAUUUGCAGGCGAAAGUGUCGGUCUAUUUGGCUCGGAGAUCGUCAAUGACGCUCGGGACUGGGUUAUGUCUCGAGGGAACAAUGUUGGAGGACCGUCGUCCACAAGAGGAGAAUUCAACAAACAGUCUGGUCGAAUCACCUCGUUCUUCGCAACCGUUCACCUGUCUUCGCCGUCCACUUCGACCGUCGCCAAGGCUCUCCACCACACUCAAACGACUCCAUCAAGCUCUGUGCUGCCUCCGUAUAUCGUCAAGAUACGUGGCAAGCGGAGCGACCCCACAAACCAUGAUCUUACCGAAUACCGCCUCUCAUAUCGGACGGACGACUUCACCUCACGAUGUCACGAUGCUAUGGAGGGCUCUCGUGUUGACCCAAAACUUUUGUCUGCCAGCGAGAGAGCCAAGCUUGGACUCGUCGGGAAUGAGGACCCAGACAUCCCCUCUGCAUCGCAAAUUUCAGCCCCAAGCCAGAAGAACGAAUUCAGGGUCUGGCUCCCAGAAUUCAUGCUCGUCCAAGCCUGGCCCGGUCUUGUUAGCGAGUACGAGGACAGUCUCAUUGCUAAGGAAGACGCGAAGGCUGCGAAGAAGUCGGGCGGAGUGAAGGUCAAAAGGGCUGUCGCCGUCACCGAGGAUGCUCAAGCCUUCAAAUCAUUCUUCAGUAAAGUCAAAGGCAAGGGCAAGGCUGCAGCGCCGGUAGCCGAGGAGGAAGAGGUGGAGGAACCUGUUGAGACGCCCUCCACUCGGUCGUCCACACCGCAGCGAUCAGUCCCGACCAUCGAUCUGACUGAAUCACCCGAUGUUCCCGGAUCGAGCGCUCUCUGCGCCAAAUCUUCGUCAUUGCCUUACAUCAUCAAGAGGAGUCGAGUUCCUUCUAGCUCAUCUCGAUCUGCAUCGUCCCAACCGGCCGAUACCGAAUCAUCGAAAGCGAAGCCGCCCAAGAAGCCAGUCAGGCGAUCGGCCAGAUUGUCCCGAGAUAAUUCUUCGACCAAGGGCAACAAGGAUGCCCCGAUUAGUCUCAUUUCUUCGGACGAGGAGACCCCUAAACCGGCUAAGCCACUCCGAAAACCACCCGCUCCGUUCCCUCUUCUGGCCAUUGCUAAAGAGACUUCACUGAAACCUAGAGAGUCGCUCUCACCGAGCAAGGAAACGGCUGUUCUGGCCGCGUCGAAGGGCAAGAUGAAUGCUGGAAUGGGUACGCAGGUGCGGCUGGAGCUUGCAGUUGUCAAAUCAACAAGGAACUCGCCAUCGAAGAGGAUUUGAGACCACUGACUUGGGUGAGAAUUUCUCACGCCGACGACAACGAUUACGAUUACGAUCACGAUUAUGGUAUGUUGUAUAGAAUGCAAAUACAUUUCCGAG